AUGAGUGUGGCGGCAGACUUCCUCGACAACUUCCGCUCCCCGCCAACUCUUUUUCGGCCCUACGGCCGAUGGUGGUGGCCCCAUGGCGCCGUUGAAAACGAUGAGAUCCGGGCCGAGGUCAUCCAGAUGGCCGAAGCUGGCUUUGGCGGCGUCGAAAUCGAGGAUGUCCACCAUAGCACCAGUGAAGGCACAGAGUGGCACACUGACACCAACGGCUGGGCUUCUGAACCUUGGCUAGACGCUGUCAAGGUUGCACUUACCGAAGCCAACUCGCGUGGCAUGGGCCAUGACUUUGCCUUUGGGCCCGCCUGGCCAAUGGCAGUUCCGACCAUUGUCCCUGACGAUGAAGCCUCAGCUAAGGAGAUUGUCCUUGGCAAAAGCAUUAUUAAUACCACGACUACCUACAAUGGUUCCGUUCCGGGUCCUUUCUCCAAGCGAAAGGAUGGCGUCAACGAGCAGAAGUUGGUUGCCGUUCAGGCUUGGCGCAUCAGUCAAGAUUCCGAUCCAUACGGCAACCCAGUGUACCUGGACUACGGAUCAAUGGUCGACUUGACCGAUACGGUGGCAGAUGGAAAAGUCGCAUUCUCACCUCCAGACAACUCCUCAUGGUUGCUGUUCUCGGCCGUCAUUCGCGGCACAGGGCAACAGCCCGAGGACUAUCCGCACACAAUACCAACCUCCUACGUCGUCGAUCACUUCAGCAAAGCUGGCGCUCAGGCCGUCAUUGACUUUUGGGAAGAUCAAAUCCUGACACCUGAGAUGCUUGAACUCAUAGCCCAGACACCCACAUCGCUGUUUGAGGAUUCCCAGGAGAUGGUCUCUGCUACGUACUGGACGCCCAACUUUGCCGACGAGUUCCUGUCUCGUCGGGGGUACAGCGUCAUGGACAUCCUCCCCGUCAUCACGCAGUACAAGAACAAUGCUUACCUCUUCCUGUUCAACGACUUGGAGGUGCAACGAGGAUCUCUUCACGACUAUCACGAAACCAUCACCGAUCUCUACGCUGAUUAUCAUAUUGCGCCCCUCCGGAAGUGGCUGAACUCUCGCGGCAUGAAAUACAGGGCGCAACCCUACGGCAUCGCCAAGUUGGACAGCAUGAGAAUCGCCACAGCGCUGGACAUUCCAGAAGGCGAGUCUCUCGGGUUCCAAAUCAUUGACGAUUACCGCGUCUUGGCUGGGGCAAUUAGCUUCGCUGGCGUCAACAUAAUGUCAAGCGAGCUGGGCGCUUACAACAAGGCUGCAUACACAACUACAUGGACCAAAAUUCUGGGCACCGUCAAUCCCCAAUUCGCUGCUGGUCUGACUCACAAUGUUCUCCACGGUUUCUCAUACAUCUACGGUCCGGAAACGACGUGGCCUGGCUGGGGAGCCUUCACUCCGUACAAAGGCCGCAUCGGAUACUCCGAGUCCUGGGGCCCACGUACUCCAACUUGGAUGCAUGUGCCUGACUUCACGGCCUACAUGGGUCGGGCAUCCUUAUUCACCUCACAAGGCAUACCGAAGUACGAUUGCGCGUUCUUCCGACAGAAUGGGGCUUCUGACGACCACUACGUCGGUCCAUACUUCACCAGCGAGGGUGCUCGGAUUGGAUGGACGACAACGUACGUCGACGAAUACUUGCUGCAUCUACCAUCGGCUGUUGUAAUAGACAGACGCCUUGCACCUAACGCAGGGAAUUACAGCUUGCUUGUUGUGGCAGAAGACCCUGAUGCAGGACAGGCCCAACUCACGCCUGCAUCAGCCAGCAAGCUGAGAGACCUGGCCGAUGCCGGACUGCCGAUGCUUAUUCUUGGCAACUGGACCUCACCAGGUUCUCUGGGUCUGUCUGAAGAUAGUUCUGCUGAUGUCGCUACCGACAUCGAGCAUCUUCUAUCAUUGAGCAAUGUCGUCAACGUGGCUGACUUGAGCAGCAUCCCUACUGGACUCGCGAAACUCGGAUUAACCCCAGCUGUCAUGCACUCAGCAUCCCCGCUGAUUCACAUCCGCCGCGAGCAUGGCGACUUCGAUCUGUAUUUCUUCACUGCCAACUCGUCAUCAACAGGUGUGAGCCAAGACGUGUCGCUUCCGAUCCGUCACGAUUACGUGGCGCCGCUUGAGCUUGACGCUUGGUCUGGCGAAAUCAGUCUGGUUGGUCAAUACACCAUUAUGGACGGCCGGCUCAACAUUGGGAUAUCGCUCGAGCCACAACAGUCAAAGAUGCUCAUCGUCGCUCCAUCGUCGGCCGAUGUCGUACAUGUAGCGAACUCCACUGCCGACUCCAUCUUCCGCAACAGCACAACCGGGCAGCUUUUUGUUCGAAAUGGUGAAGCUGGAGAUUACAGGAUCGUACUCAGCAAUGGUUCCCAGCUAACAACAUCCUCCAAAGCUCCCAUGCCUGUAUUGGAGCUCACCGAUUGGGCCUUGGAGGUUGAUGACUGGCAACCAGCAAACGAGAACCCUUCAGACGACGUGGAGGAUAUCGUAGCGACCAAGUUGGUUUACCACAGCUUCAACCUCACGUCACUGAGUCCAUGGUCAGACAUAGAUGGAUUACAGAACGUCUCUGGGAAUGCGACGUACUCGACAGAGUUCGUUCUUGGAACUGCAGAAGCACCGUAUGGUUCUGAUGCGGGUGCAUACAUGGAGCUCGACAUGUUCCAGGGGUCUUUUAGGGCUAGGAUCAAUGGGGAAGCACUAGGUACUCUCGAUCAAAUGGCUCAUAGCUUCGACGUCAGCAAGUGGCUGCGAAAUGGCACCAAUACCCUCGAGAUAGAGGCGGCAACAUCUCUCAUCAACCGGAUGAGAGCAUUUCAACCGCAAUACUAUGAGCAGUACGCGAGGCAGAAGUACGGCUUGAAGUCUGUCACAAUCCGACCGUUCUCGCAGGUAGCAGUUUGA